AUGGCAAUGGCAAAGAACAAAACGCUAUGUUUUACAUGUAAUAAGGAAAAAAUAACAUAUCCUUGUAAAGGAUGUUCAAAAGAAUUUUGCUUAGUGGAUUUAACACAACAUCGUCAAAUAUUAACUAAAGAAUUACUUCAUAUCACCUUUGAAUAUAAUAAACUUAAACAAACAAUUCAUGAACAAACACAAAAUCCGCAAAAUGAUCUGUUAAUAAAACAAAUUAAUCAAUGGGAAAUAAAAUCAAUUGAAAAAAUUCAACAAAAAGCACAAGAGUAUAGAGAAAUCCUUAUUAAAUCAUCACAAACAUGUCUUAGCAAUAUUGAAAUGAAAUUUAAUGAUUUAACGGAACAAAUAAAACACUUUCAGAAAGAAACUGACUUAAAUGAAAUUAAUUUAAAUCAUUUAAGAAAUCAAUUGAUGAAAAUUAGACAAGAAUUAAAUAAUCCAUCAAAAAUUACUGUUAAAGAAGAUUUACGAUCAUUUUUUAACGAAAGUUUAAUUAUUUCAACAAAAAAGCCAACAUUUAACAAAUGGAAACAAAAUGCCAUGAUUGUGGCUGGUGGAAAUGGAGAAGGUGAAGGAGUAAAACAACUCUUUUACCCUGAAGGAAUCUUUAUUGAUGAAAAGAAAAAUAUUUUUAUUGCUGAUUAUUGGAAUCAUCGUAUUGUUGAAUGGAAACAUAAUGCAAAACAAGGACAGAUUGUUGCAGGUGGAAAUGGCAAAGGAAAUCAAAUGGAUCAAUUGAAUUAUCCAACACAUGUGAUUGUUGAUCAACAAAAUCACUCGAUUAUUAUUGCUGAUUCUUUAAAUAGACGAGUGAUUCAAUGGUUGAAUCAAAAUCAACAAAUUCUCAUUGAUGAUAUUAACUGUUCUCGUUUAGCAAUGGAUCAACAUGGAUAUCUUUAUGUUUCUGAUUGGAAGAAGAAUGAAGUUAGACGAUGGAAAAUGGGAAAAUACAACAACGAAGGAAUUGUAGUGGCAGGUGGAAAUGAACAAGGAAAUGAACUCAAUCAACUUGAUUUUCCUAAAUUUAUCUUUGUUGAUGAAUAUCAAUCUGUUUAUGUAUCAGAUCAAAACAAUCAUCGUGUGAUAAAAUGGAGAAAAGAUGCAAAAAAAGGAACAGUUGUGGCUGGGGGAAAUGGUCAAGGAAGAAAUCUCAAUCAAUUGUCUCAACCUGAAGGAGUAUUUGUUGAUGAUUUAGGUCGAAUCUAUGUGGCAGAUUGUGUGAAUGAUCGAGUAAUGCGUUGGUGUGAAGAAAAAAAAGAAGGUGAAAUUGUUGUUGGUGAAAAUGAUCAAAGAGAUCAAUUGUGUGGUCCCUGUGGUUUAUCUUUUGAUGAUGAAGGAAAUCUUUAUAUUGCUGAUUGUGACAAUUAUGAAAUUAAGAAAUUUGAAAUAAUUUUGUAA